AAAGGUUCGUCAACGAUUACAAAAGGGAUUAUGUAAGUGAUGACGAGAAGGCUUACAGGUUCAACGUGUUUGUUGAAAACUUGAAAAGAUUUAACGAGCAGAAUCAACGGAGUAGCCGCGCAGUGUCCGGAAUCAAUAAGUUCGCAGACUUGACUAAGGAAGAGUUUAAAAAGUACUAUACGGGAUUACUAAUCAAUGGAACAACUGAUUUGCAAGCGGGGUGUCAAGUUAAGAUUGGACCAGUAAAUAUGACUGAUUAUGUACCAGAUUCAUUUGAUUGGCGGGACAAGAAUGUUGUUACUCCCGUGAAAAAUCAAGGCGCUUGUGGCUCCUGCUGGGCAUUCAGUUGUAUAGGUAGCGUCGAGAGCCAGUACGCCAUCAAGAAUCAGAGGCUAGCUUUAUUUUCGGAGCAGCAGUUGGUUGACUGUGAUGACCGCUCGUUUGGAUGCGCUGGCAGCAUGGGCAUUGAUUAUCCCUUUUUAUAUUUAAUGGAGAAAGGUGGCUUGCUCGAGAGUGAUUAUCCCUACAUCGGUAUGGAUGGUGUCUGCCAAUAUAAACAGGAGAAGGUCCAAGUGAAGCUGAGCGGUUGCAGGAGCCUAGUUGUCAAUGGCGAUGAGGAAAAAUUGAAGGCAUUGAUAUACAAGUAUGGACCGGCUAGUAUUGCUGUUGCUGCUUCGGAGCUUAAGUCUUAUCGUGGAGGAAUUGUAAGCGAUUAUACAUGCUAUGAUUAUUCUGUCAACCAUGCUGUACUGCUUGUGGGAUAUGGAUCAGAAGGUGGCGUACCGUACUGGAUUGUGAAAAACUCCUGGGGUUCUGAGUGGGGAGAGAAUGGGUUCUUCAGGAUGCAGCGAGGAGUAAACUGCUUGAAUUUAUUAGUAGCAGAACCUGUGCAGGCAAUAGUGGAGUGAAAUAUGGAGAGAUAUAAUUGAUUCUUUAAACAUCGAUAGUGUUGAUUUGCGUUUCUAAUAAUAUCCUGCUUAUAAUCAUUUAAUUAUUGUUCAUUUGAA